AUGGAGUUCUCAGGGUGUCCCCCUGACCAAGUCAGGGAGGUGACCCAGAGGGAUGCUGGCACAGGGUUUGUCCCCGAGCCCUACGACAGCUUCAUGUGCAGCCACCUGCGCUACUAUGGCUACUUCCGAGGUGAGCCCUGCCCACGGGGACUUGUCCCCUUCUGUCCCCUCCAACUGCUGGGGCUGCAGCCAUGCUCUCCCCAAGGCCAGAAGAACGCCAUGUCCCUGGGGGACCCCUCUGAGCAGCACCCCACCAAGGCAUCCAGCACCCGCAGUGUCCACACCAGCUGCCCGAGGCAUCCCAGGCAAGAGCCGAGCUUCCCCAGGCAUGGUGCCUCCAUCCCCUCAGCACAGUGUCGUGAAGAGCUGCAGGCUCUCUUUGGCUGCCCCUCGCCGUGGGGCCCCCUGCCUGCUCCUCGCUGGCCUGUCGAGUGUGAAGUCAUCAAAGAGACUGUGGAGCACAUCGAGUGGGUGCCUCCUGAACCGGAGCCCUUCUGCCAGCCCAUGGGUCCUGAGCUGGCCCCAGCUGCUCUCAGUGAGGAGCAGGGCACUGUUGUCUACCACCUCAGCCCAGCACCCCGAGGCUCCUGCUUCACCCGUGCUCGUGUCGGGGGGGCCCCGGGCCCCCUCUCCUCACCUGCAGCCCCCUUGGAGGGGCCCCACGACACGACGCUGCUCUUUGAGUCUCGCUUCGAGAGCGGCAACCUCCAGGAAGCCAUCAAGGUGGGACCCUACGAGUACCUGCUGCGGCUGCGGCCGGACCUUUACACCACCAAACACACCCAGUGGUUCUACUUCCGCGUGCAAAACACCCGGCGGGGGCCCCUCUACCGCUUCACCAUCGCCAACAUGGCCAAGCCCAAGAGCCUCUACGGCCAGGGCCUGCGCCCGCUGCUCUACUCCCAGCGCGACGCCCAGACCCGCGGCAUCGGCUGGCGCCGCGUCGGGGACCACGUCUGCUACCGACGGGGCGGCGACGGCCGGGAGCCGGCCCCCUCCUGCCUGUCCUGGUCGUCACGCUUCCCCCACGACGCCGACACCUGCUUCUUCGCCCACUCCUACCCUUACACCUACUCGGACCUGCGGCGCUACCUGCGGGCGCUGGCGGCCGACCCGGGGCGCCGGCGGUACUGCGCGGUGCGGGCGCUGUGCCGCAGCCUGGCCGGCAACCCGAUCUACCUGCUGACCGUCACCCACCCUGCCGCGGCGCCCACCAGGCCGGCGGUGGUGCUGAGCGCCCGCGCCCACCCCGGCGAGAGCGGCGGCUCCUGGGCCAUGCAGGGCUUCCUUGAUUUCCUCCUCAGCGCCCACCCCGAUGCCCAGCUCCUGCGCCGCCUCUUCGUCUUCAAGGUGGUGCCAAUGCUCAACCCUGACGGGGUGGUGGUGGGCAACUCCCGCUGCUCCUUGGCGGGCGGCGACCCCAACAGGGCUUACGGGACAGCGCUCCGCGGCUCCUUCCCUGGCGUCUGGCACCUGCGGACCAUGGUUGAGAGGGUGCUGGCGGAACGGGAGGUGGUGCUGUACUGUGACUUCCACGGGCACAGCCGGAAGAACAACGUCUUCAUGUACGGCUGUGAGGGUGGCAGCGGGGCACGGCUGUGCCAACGCCUCUUCCCCUUGAUGCUGAGCAAGAACGCCCCCGACAAGUUCUCCUUCCCCAGCUGCAAAUUCAAGGUGCAGAAGAGCAAAGCAGGGACAGGCAGGGUGGUGAUGUGGCACCUGGGGAUCACCAACAGCUACACCAUGGAGGUGGCUUUCAGCGGCUCCACCAUGGGUGGAAGGAGCUCACACUUCACCGUGCAGGACCUUAAGUCACUGGGCUACCACCUCUGUGACACUCUGCUUGACUUCUGUGACCCCGACCCUGCCAAGCUCCAGCAGUGCUUGUCCGAGGUGGAGACGCUGCUGUGGCAGCAGCUGGGCCGAGAGCCAGGAUCUGGUGGUGGCUGGAGUGAUGUCCCCACGUCAGAGCUUGAGUCUAGCACCAGUGGCUCUGACAGCUCCGUGUCUGACGGGCCCCCAGCUCAUCCCCACUGCCCGGAGCAGCUGGUGGAGCCACAGAGGAGGAAGCGGCUGCAGAGGCGGAGAGCGAGGACUGCCCUGCACCGGGCAGGCAGCAGCUACCGGCACCGUGCCAGCAUCCCCUGUCACUCGGGUCCCACUGCCGCCGUGGUCCCUCAGGGCCCGGUUCCCACGGUGCCGCCUCCCCCUCGGUUUCCAUGGCGCUGCGGUGAGGCCCUCCCCCCGCCCCGUGACCGGCAGCCGUCGGCGGGCGCGCCGGAAGUACCGUGGGUCGGGCGGAAGCGGAAGCGGCGGCGGCGGUGUCCUUCUGGGCCGUGA